AUGGCGUCCCGAUGCAGCGCGCCAUCGGAGCUGAACUGGUUCGUUGAAGUAAAACCUCAGCAACGCGCCCGAGCCCGGGACCCGGGUCUGGAACGUGGGGGUGGGGAGGUGCCCGCGCCCGCACCCCGACCGUGCGCAGGGGGUCGGUGUCCCCCGCGGCGAGGCCGCUGCGCCCGGGGCUCGGACGGCCGCGGGGUGUGCGCUGGCACCGACUGCGCGGGCAGCUCCGGCGACCGGGCAGCACCUCCGUGCGCACACCCGGGCGAUGCACCGCGGAAGCUGACGGCUCCCGGAUUCUCCCAGCAGCCCCCCACCCUCCGGCAGGGGCAGGUGUCCGCGGGCGCGGCGGCCCCAGGGCGGAGGUGGGGUUCUCCAAGGAGGCGCCGGAAUCCCGCAACCCUCCGGGAGACGGACUGUGGAGGGGGGACCUGCCACCCCGAACCCCCAGCGCCCUCCCAGCCCCGCACGCGCACGGUGGUGUUCGGGCAGCCCCACGCCGGCUCGCGCCGCACGGGGUCCGCCCGCAACCCGCCCCCCGGGCUGAGGACCAGCCAAACAGGCACAGAAGUUCUCUCUACCUUGGGUGGUUUUGCAGCCAAAGCUGUCAAGGAAUGGGAAACCCCUGAUCAGGUUUUCAAAAUCCAAUAUCAAGGCCUCUUCUACCUAUGUAUUGCUGACAUCAGUGAAUCAAUAUUUUCUGCUACCAACAACACAGAAUGUGGGAGGUUGCUUGAGGAAGUCAAGUGCGCACCCUGUUCUCCGCAUUCUCAGAGCCUGUUCCACUCACCCGAGAGAGAAGUCCUGGAAAGAGACCUAGUACUGCCCCUGCUCUGCCCGGACUACUGCAAAGAAUUCUUUUAUACUUGCCGAGGUCAUAUUCCAGGUUUCCUUCAAACAACGGCUGAGGAGUUUUGCUUUUACUAUGCGAGAAAAGAUGGUGGGCUGUGCUUUCCAGAUUUUCCCAGAAAACAAGUCAGAGGGCCAGCCUCUAACUACUUGGAUCAGAUGGAAGAAUAUGACAAAGCCGAGGAGAUCAGCAGGAAGCACAAGCCCAACUGCUUCUGCGUGCAGGAGGUGGUGAGCGGGCUACGGCAGCCUGUGGGUGCAGUGCACAGUGGGGACGGCUCUCACCGGCUCUUUAUUUUGGAAAAAGAAGGUUACGUGAAGAUUCUGACCCCUGCAGGAGACAUUUUCAAGGAGCCUUAUUUGGAUAUUCACAAACUUGUUCAAAGUGGAAUAAAGGGAGGAGAUGAAAGAGGACUGUUAAGCCUUGCAUUCCAUCCCAAUUACAAGAAAAAUGGAAAGCUGUACGUGUCUUACACCACCAACCAAGAGCGCUGGGCCAUGGGGCCGCACGACCACAUCCUCCGAGUUGUGGAGUACACGGUCUCCAGGAAGAAUCCCCACCAAGUGGAUUUGAGGACAGCCCGGGUGUUUCUGGAAGUUGCAGAGCUCCACCGCAAGCACCUGGGAGGACAGCUGCUCUUUGGUCCCGAUGGCUUCCUGUACGUCAUCCUCGGGGACGGGAUGAUCACACUGGACGACAUGGAAGAGAUGGAUGGGUUAAGCGACUUCACAGGCUCCGUGCUGAGACUGGAUGUGGACACAGACCUGUGCAACGUGCCUUACGCUAUCCCUCGGAGCAACCCCCACUUCAACAGCACCAAUCAGCCCCCAGAAGUGUUUGCGCAUGGGCUCCACGACCCAGGCAGAUGCGCUGUGGACCGGCAUCCCACUGAUAUAAACAUCAACUUAACAAUACUUUGUUCUGAUUCCAAUGGAAAAAACAGAUCAUCAGCACGAAUCUUACAGAUAAUAAAGGGCAAAGAUUAUGAAAGUGAGCCCUCACUUUUAGAAUUCAAGCCAUUCAGUAACGGCCCCUUGGUUGGUGGAUUUGUUUACCGCGGCUGCCAGUCUGAAAGACUGUAUGGAAGCUACGUGUUUGGAGACCGGAAUGGGAAUUUUCUAACUCUCCAGCAAAGUCCAGUGACAAAGCAAUGGCAAGAGAAGCCGCUGUGCCUCGGCACCGGGGGCUCCUGUCGAGGAUAUUUCUCAGGUCACAUCCUGGGAUUUGGAGAAGAUGAAUUAGGCGAAGUUUACAUUUUAUCGAGCAGUAAAAGCAUGACCCAGACUCACAAUGGAAAACUCUACAAAAUUGUAGAUCCCAAAAGACCAUUGAUGCCUGAAGAAUGCCGAGUGCCCGUGCAGCCCGCACAGACGCUGACGUCCGAGUGCUCCCGGCUCUGUCGCAAUGGCUACUACACCCCCACGGGCAGGUGUUGCUGCAGCCCGGGCUGGGAGGGCGACUUCUGCAGGAUCGCCAAGUGUGAGCCGGCCUGUCGACACGGAGGCGUCUGCGUGAGGCCCAACAAGUGCCUGUGCAAGAAGGGGUACCUGGGGCCGCAGUGCGAGCAGGCGGAGCGGGGCGCGCGGCGCGCGGCGCGCGCAGGUAUUCUCGAUCAGAUCAUUGACGUGACCUCCUACUUGCUGGACCUCACCAGCUACAUAGUCUAG